AUGGACGCAAACAUCCAGAAGGCGCUCAACGACAAGUUGUACGACAAGCGCAAGGCAGGCGCCUUGGAACUCGAAGCUCAGGUCAGGGAAGCAGUCGCCAUCGGAGACCAUGAGCGCAUCCAGGAAAUCGUUCACCAGCUAUGCCACGAAUUCGCAUAUGCAGUUCACCAGCCCCAUGCCAGAAAUGGAGGGCUGAUAGGUUUGGCAGCCGCAUCGAUAGCAUUGGGCGGGGAAGUCGCACGAUACCUCGAAGAGAUUGUCCCUCCCGUCCUAGCAUGCUUCUCCGAUCAAGACGCCCGCGUCCGAUACUACGCUUGCGAGUCCAUGUACAACAUCGCGAAGGUUGCCAAAGGGGAAAUACUUCUAUAUUUCAACGAAGUAUUCGAUGCGCUGUGUAAACUCGCCGCCGACUCGGAAGCCUCUGUCAAGAACGGUGCCGAACUGCUCGACCGUUUAGUCAAGGAUAUCGUUUCGGAGUCAGCAGCUUCAUACGUUUCUGUGCUGCAUCACCCUGAAGAUGCAACAGUAGAAGAAGACAAAACCUCGGUCAUGGAUGAGACUGACAUACCAUCCCUCGACUUUCCCAUUGCCUUUUCUCUUCCUAAAUUCAUUCCUCUUCUCCAAGAGCGUAUUAACGUUCUGAAUCCGUAUACCAGGACUUUUCUGGUUUCUUGGAUAACUUUACUCGACUCGAUACCGGAUCUCGAACUUGUUGCAUAUCUUCCAUCUUUUCUUGGUGGCUUGUUCAAGUUCUUGAGUGACCCGAAUGGGGAUGUUCACACGGCUACGCAGACGGCCCUGGAACGGUUUCUUUCGGAGAUUAAAAAGAUUGCACGCAUCAAGCGUGGCAUUGCAGAAAGCAGGAAGAGCCAGACUGAGGAAGGAAAGAAGAGCACCGCGUCAAGCAUCAAGAGCGGUCGAAGCUUCCACAGCUCUCGAGACCCAGACCUGGAAAGCAACAGCGCCCGCGAUGCUGACGACGGCCACGAAUCAGACACCGCAGAGACAGAGUCGACGACGAUGAAUGACGGAAAAUCCGGGCUGACGGAUGGCGACUGGAUACCGGGUCAAGACGUUCACGUAGAUCAUGCGAAGAUCCUUGAUAUCCUGGUAACAUUCCUAAGCGAUUCUUCUGAAGAGGAGAUACAGCUCACCUCUUUGCGCUGGAUUGACAGCUUCUUCGAAAUCUGUCCCGAAGACAUAUUGCUCUUUGUGCCCCGCCUGCUGUCGCACGUGCUUCCGGCAAUGGCAAACGAGGUCGAACAGGUUCGAAUGAUGGCCAAUCGGGUCAACACAUCUCUGAUGGAGUACAUCGUGUCUCUUCCCAAUGAACCAAAGAACGAAGCCGUAAAAGUGACACAGCUGCAGCUUGCGUCUGGAGCUGCUAAAGAUCCCGCCCCCGCGGAACGUCGGGAUUCCAACUUUUCAAAAAUAGCGAGGACUUCCACUCGGGAUACAGUCGCAGAGAGUAAACCAGCCGAGAGCAAAGUGCGCACCGAAACGGUGACACCGCCUCCCCCUGAAGACGUCACUGCUGCCCGUCCGGGCCCUGACCUUGACUAUGAGGCAGCUGUCAAUGCACUUACUCUUCAAUUCCUCAAUGAGCAUGAGGCUACUAGGGUGGCAGCUCUCUCAUGGUUGAUUAUGCUUCACAAGAAGGCGCCUAGAAAAAUUUUAGCAAUCAACGAUGCAACGUUCCCGGCUCUUCUCAAAACACUUUCAGAUCCUGCCGAAUCUGUAGUCACUAGAGAUUUGCUACUGCUAUCCCAGAUCUCGAAGAAUAGCGAUGAUUCAUAUUUCACUUCUUUUAUGGUCAGCCUUCUCAGUCUUUUUGCGACAGACAGGCGCCUGCUUGAGACACGCGGAAACCUUAUUAUUCGACAACUAUGCCUGUCGUUGAGUGCCGAACGGAUCUACAGGACGCUGGCCGACUGCUUAGAGAAAGACGAAGACAUGGAGUUUGCCAGCAUCAUGGUUCAGAACCUCAACAACAACCUCAUCACUGCCCCUGAGCUCGCAGACCUGCGAAAGCGCCUGAGAAACCUUGAAACCCGCGAUGGACAGACAUUUUUCGUGGCACUGUUCAGAUCGUGGUGUCACAACGCUGUUGCGACAUUCUCGCUCUGCUUACUAGCACAGGCCUACGAGCAAGCAUACCACCUACUCCAGAUUUUUGGCGACCUCGAGAUGACGGUCAACAUGCUGAUCCAAAUCGACAAGCUUGUUCAGCUCCUCGAGUCGCCAGUCUUUACGUAUCUCCGUCUGCAGCUCCUGGAGCCGGAGAAAUACCCUCAUUUGUACAAAUGCCUGUACGGGCUGCUCAUGCUACUCCCGCAAUCCUCAGCCUUCGCGGCGCUCAAAAACCGCCUCAACAGCGUGAGCGCCAUCGGCUACCUGCACAUCGCACCGCGCACCGCGCCCACCCCAACCGUAGCAUCCAGCUUCGAGCGCCCCAACCGGCUCAAAUCCCGCGACGAAGGCACCAUCAAAUGGGUCGAGCUACUCGACAAAUUCAAGCAAGUACAAGAGCGCGCGCGCCGCGCCCAGCGCAAUGCCCUCCUCGGCAUCGACGGCUCGGCGGACGCAGCCAACGACGUCGCUGCCGCUGCUGCUGCGGUCCCGGAUAAGGAGCGCCGCGCUGCGUCGGGCCGCCAGACAGGCAGUGGCGGGGGUUUGCAGCAGCAACGUCCGAACUCGGCAUCGAGCUUGACGAGGCCGGCUGGGAGCCCGGGGGCGAUGGUCGGAGGACAGGGCCACCAGAAGAGCAAGAGUAGUUUGAGUCAGUUGGGAAGGUUUGCGGGGGGCGUGAGGGCAGGGAAGGGGAAGAAGUAG